AUGUAUAUGCAAAGUCAGAGUGUAGAAAGGCCGUCUAGAAUACCUCUAAGAUCAUCCAGUCAAUCUGGAAGAGAUAGAGGUAUACCACAAAAUCAAAACAAACAAAGAAGUAAAUCACAAGCUACAUUAGGUUCAUCAGAAACCCCCUUAAAUCAUGGAAAAUUUACACCUCAAAUUGGAUCCAGGAUGACAUCAGGAGCAUCAUCCAAUGCAUCCAGCAAGAAACCAACCUAUUAUAAAGAUCCUAGAAAUUUACAGGAUAAAGAAUUCCAAAGAGAAGCUUCGCAAUUAGUUCAACAUUAUUUCAAAGAAAAAAGCCCUGAAGUUUUGAUAAAUUCCUCUGAAAUCAAACCAAUGACUAUUAAAAUGUUUAUCGCUAUGAUCAAUCAUCUAUUCGAAGUUCUUGGCAUUCUCGAUAAAGGAAUUGAGCCUGUCAGAUUUGCUGCGAGUACAUUCGAAAAAGAGCUGCCAUAUUGGAUGAAGAAAUUAGAAUAUCCUGGUUUGAUUACGAAAGCCUGGCUGCAAACUGUAAAUGUUCCUCAAUAUUGGCCUCAUGUUGUCGGACUUCUUUCUUGGCUUGUGAAACUUUGUUCUGCUAAUUCGUUAUUUAAUAUGGAAGAACAAUUAAAUUUUCCAGAAGAGUAUUUGAGUCAAUGGUGGGGUACAUUUUUUUUUAUGAAAAGCAUGGAAGCUUUUCGAUAUUACAAUGAAGGAAAAGAAGAUGAAUAUAAAGAACUUUGCGUUGAAGUUAUCACUAAACUUCACGAAUUGAAUGGAGUUAGUGACGAUAUUAUGAAUGAACUACAGGCAGAAAUAAAUGAAUUAGAAGAAAAUGUAAAAGAUCCAGUUUUAUUAGCUGAUAAAGAUGCUCAUGACGAAUUGGAAGAACAUUUAAGAGUUCUCGAUUCUCAGCAUCAAAAAUUACUAGAAGAUGUUGAAAAAGAAAAAAUUUACAUUGAUGAACUUGAAAACAAAACGGUCAAAAGUAAAAAAAAUUGCGUUAACAUAAAAAUAGAGAAUACUAAAAAUGAAACGGAAAAAUUAAAAACAGUUGUUGCUACCCAGUCUUUUUCAGUAAACGAUAUUGCAGACAUUCAAAAAAAAACUGGAUACCUCGACAAAGAGAUAAAAUGCUUGGAAAAAGAAUGUGAAGAUUAUUCACAACUUUUAAGUAGAUAUGAUGUAGAAGCACUCGGUGUGAGAGAUAAGAUUUUGCAAAGUUCUCAUGCUUUUAAUAGAAAUAUAAUUCAAUUGGAACAAAUAAUUGUCGAAUUGAAAAAAUUUCACAUUCAUAUCGAUUUAGAAAGUGAAAAUGCAGUUAAUUUUAUGGAAGAAAUGGUUAAAUCUUUAGAAAAACUAAAAACUGAAUACGUGGAAAGAAAUUCAAAAUUGGAAGAAGAUUUAAUAGAAUCAGAAACGAAUAUAGCUAAUAAAAAGAAAAAAUUAAAAGAACUACAAAAUGCUAUUAGAAACGAAGAAAUCAAAAAAGAAGCUAAUCAAUUGGAAAAUGCAAAGUAUGAAACAUUGACGAAAAAUUUUGAAAAGAAAGAAAAAUAUUGGCUCGAUUUUUGGAGUAACGUCGAAGACAAAUGGCGAGCCAUUCCCGAUACUUUAGAAUCGUUAUUGGAAACUGUUAAUAAACAAAAUAAUGAAUUAGAAGAAGUUAUCAAAAGAGAAAAAUUAAUACAAAAAUGA